AAAACAUACUUACACUAGACAAUCGUACAGCAGUAAUGAACAGUAUCAUGCUGUGAUAUGUCCUUAUCCUCCACAAAAUAGCCGCUACGGUUUUGGAUUUAGGAACAUGCAACCUUUCGGAGUAGUCGUUAUUAUACUGAGUCAUGUGGUUUGUACGAGAGCUGUGUUUACUACGACACAUGCUAAUAAUAUCCAUACCGCCGUACUUACCAACUACAAUUUCCUGGUCCGACCUUCGGACACCGUCACGGUCAGGGCCGAAAUGAGUGUGCUGACCAUCAACACUGUGGACAUCCGAGCACAGAUGAUGUCGUCAUCAGGAUGGAUAUCUUUCUAUUGGACCGACAGUCGUCUAGCAUGGACACCCGCGACCUACGGAGACAUAGAAUACAUUUAUCUAGAUUCCACCAGGAUAUGGAAGCCCGAACUAGUCAUAGAUAACACGGUCGGUGAAAUUGAAACCCUGGGGUCAUCAGACCUGCUGUUUCGGGUGAAGUAUAACGGAGAGGUAAAGUGGGACCCACCAGGAGUCUACGAAACCCAAUGUGAAAUAGACAUAACUUGGUACCCAUUCGACAAGCAGACGUGCAGCAUCGAGCUCACGAGCUGGGGCUUCAUAUCAAGUCAUGUGACAUUGGAACAUCACGUGACAUACGUCAACACUGAGGACUAUGAACUCAAUGGCGAGUGGAACCUGAUAAAGAACGAAAUUUCGUCUAGUCUACUGGUAGAGGAAGGAGAGACAUUCUCCCAGCUGUUGUUCACGAUGGAGAUUCAACGUAGAUCUGGAUAUUAUAUUCUCAACGUAAUAUUUCCAAUAACGUUGGUUGCCGUGCUAACGACAGUUACGUUCCUAUUGCCAGCCGACUCGGGCGAGAAGAUCUCGUAUAUCCUUACCAUCCUAUUAGCUUUGGCUGUUCUUCUCACACUUAUAGCCGAUGCCAUGCCGACCACGUCUCUCCAUACUUCUGUCAUGGGUGUGUUCCUGUCAAUGACAUUGGGCUACGCCAUGAUUGCUAUUAUCAUCACCGUCCUCACCCUCCGCCUCCAGGUAAAACCAGAAGGCACCGAGGUACCGAGAUGGCUUCAGAGAAUCUGCAGUGGUUGCCUUGUCAAACUUGUAUGCUACAGAAAAGACGACGUUGUCGAACUACAAUUAGGCGAUGGGGAAGCUGAGCAUGUCAAUAAGGAGACAAACAUUAAAAAGAUAAUGAAAGAAAAGCUUCAAAGAAAAUCGUCCACCGCAGCGUGGAAAGCGGACGACGACACAGCGAAGGAGAAUGACGAUGAGAGCCCGGAUGGUAACGAUGACUUCCCUUACGACAAUAAGGAUGUUGCCGAAAUCAUUGAUCGUUUCUUCUUUUACCUGUAUGCUGCGUUGAACGUGUUAACAACAGCCGUCUUUCUGAUGGUGAUGGCCAUUGGAUCUACGCUAGCCUCGUAGUUGUCAUUGGGAUUUUGUAUACACAACCGAGCUUAUAUGGCAAAUUUGCAUUAAGACACGUUUCUUCUUACUAUAUCAACUACCUUUCAAUGUCUUUCAACCAAUCUCAGAUCUAGAAAAUUGGUCGUCAAAAGUUGAUUGAACCCGUUCUGACGCUCCGAUUAGUUUAUCCAAAUGACCUUUAUCUUGCAACAUCACAAAAUGGAUUCUACGACGCCGUCCUGGUUAGACGACAUUCUGAUACAUCUGUUAAAUGUACGGUUUUGCAAACACAUUAAUAUAUUUGUUUCAUUGCGUUACUCGCGUUAACCGAGUUAAAAUAUUUUUAAGCCGCGAGAAGAAUAACCGAAGGUUGACGCCAAUCUCAUAAUCUGUGACGUCGCAUUGCUGAAAAUCCCAGUGAUACCACCAAAAACAUUCUGGCCACUGUGUUACAUAUGUUAUCAAAUACAUAAGCAAGUAUUUCUGAACCAUGAGGAGUGUCAAUACACGUGAUGUGUGCCACAUGAGAUAAAAUUCAUCCAAUUUAGACAGCUUUGUCGUAUAUUUUCCGAUUCGAGUUGUAGAUAAAUGCAAGGUUAUUAACUCUAGGUAACGUAAGUUAAGGAUAAAGAGAGGCCAUUGCAUGGUUCUCUGUUAAGUAACAUAUAUAUUUUUUAUUAGUACGCCAGACAACUUAUGCUAGUGUUGUUCACGAUUGUGAAGCUAAUGAAACAUCACCCUGGCGAACGUGCAAGCUGUGAUAUGGCAUACGUUGAUGAAAUAGACAUUUCUGGUGCAAAUACUGUUUAAACUUAGUGCUGAAUGUUUACAGAAUAAGAGUUAUUAUAAACGCUGCAUUGGUUUCUGUCCCUUGUUUACAAACUCGUUUUACUGGGAAUCGUUUGUCCAGCCAAAUACAAGCCUCCUAGCCGGUCAAAACCUGAUAUACGGCGAGCUGAUUAUUAUCGAUCGCAGUCAUGAUGAACAAGUUCUCAAUGUCGGAGUUUGAAAGUCAAGAAUCUGGGUCCAGAUGCUCACAGUUGUUUAGACUUGGGUGUCGUUAGCCCAUGUUUUGGAGAUGCAAUUUGCGCAAAUAAACUGAACUAUUCAGCAAUAUUUUUAAUAUUUACUGUCUUCAUCUUAAGUACUACAAGUAGGUACUUUAAGUUAAGAAUAACAAUGUACUACAAGAAAGUUUUCCGAUACUUGGUCGUUGAGAUAACGUUAUAUACUGACCAGACUAUUUGUACGAUCAUUACCGGCUGUAUCAUAUUUUUUGUUAAAAUAAAUUUGUUUUCU